UCCACUCCCUCAGCGCGCGCCCACCCGUCAUUGCGUCGACACCCAGGAAGUGUUGGUAGUGGUGGUGGUGUUGUUGUUGUUCGACAGAUUCCUCCUUUCUCUAGCCCAAGAAUGGCGUCGUUUAUUUCUGUCCCGUUAAAGAAAUCAUCGGAGGUGGACCUAGUGAAACCUCUGUCUAAAUUUAUCAGCUCCACAUACUCCGCUGGGGAGGAGCAGGCGGAAUAUAUCCGCGGUGUGGAAGAGCUGAACAAGUUGCGCAAAACAGCUUUGGGGAGGCCGCUGGACAAACAUGAAAGCUCGCUGGAGAUCUUGCUGAGAUACUAUGAUCAGCUGUGUGCUAUUGAACCCAAGUUUCCCUUCUCUGAGAAUCAGUUGUGUUUGACUUUCACAUGGAAAGAUGCAUUUGAUAAAGGAUCCCUUUUUGGUGGUUCAGUCAAGCUUGCACUGGCCAGCUUGGGAUAUGAGAAGAGCUGUGUUUUAUUCAAUAUUGGUGCACUGGCCAGCCAGAUUGCCUCAGAGCAGAACCUUGACAAUGAUGAAGGACUAAAGGCAGCUGCAAAGUUUUAUCAGCUGGCCAGUGGAGCAUUCUCCCACAUCAAAGACACAGUGCUGUCUGCUCUGAACCGUGAGCCCACCAUGGACAUAUCUCCAGACACUGUGGGGACCCUCAGUCAUAUCAUGCUGGCCCAGGCACAAGAGGUUUUUUUCCUCAAAGCCACAUCAGAUAAAAUGAAAGAUGCUAUUAUAGCAAAACUUGCCAAUCAAGCAGCGGAGUUUUACGGAGAUGCAUUUAAGCAAUGCCAGUACAAGGAGAAUUUACCCAAGUAUUUUUAUUUCCAGGAGGUGCUGCCAAUCCUGGCUGCAAAGCACUGCAUCAUGCAGGCUAAUGCUGAAUAUCACCAGUCCAUUCUAGCAAAGCAGCAGAAGAAAUUUGGGGAGGAAAUUGCCAGACUACAGCAUGCAGCGGAUUUGGUAAAGACUGUGGCCUCGCGCUAUGAUGAAUAUGUCAAUGUAAAAGAUCUCUCGGAUAAAAUCUCACGUGCUCUAACUGCAGCAAAAAAAGACAACGACUUCAUCUAUCAUGAUCGUGUUCCAGAUCUGAAGGAUCUGGACAGUAUUGGCAAAGCUGCUUUGGUGAAGGCCACAGCAAUCAAUGUGCCCAUGUGUCAGAAAUUCACCGACCUGUUUGAGAAAAUGGUCCCCAUGGCAGUGCAGCAAGCAGUGAGCACAUAUAGCCAGAGGAAGUCGGAGAUCGUGAACAGGCUGAUAGGGCAAAUGAGAGAAGCGACAAACCUUUGCAAUGGUGUGCUGGCCUCAUUGAACCUGCCAGCUGCUCUAGAGGACCUGUCUGGAGACAGUGUUCCACAGUCUAUCCUGGAAAAGUCCAGAGCCAUCAUCCAGCAGGGAGGACUGCAGAGCAUUGACAGACUCAUCAAGGACCUUCCUGAGCUGCUGCAGAGGAACAGAGAGAUCUUGGAUGAGUCACUGAAAAUAUUGGAUGAAGAAGAGGCAACAGAUACCGAACUCAGAACAAAAUUCAGUCAGCGCUGGCAGAGGACCCCUUCUAAUGACCUCUACAAGCCCCUGAGAACAGAGGGAUCAAAUUUCCGCAAUGUUUUGGAUAAAGCUGUGCAGGCAGACAAAGUGGUCAGAGAACGUUAUCACACCCACUGUGAUAUGAUUGCCCUUCUCUGCAAGCCCGAGCCUGAACUCAAUGCUGCAAUUCCCUCUGCCAAUCCAGCAAAAACCCUGCAGGGCAGCGAGGUUGUAGGAGUACUCCGGUCUCAAUUGAGCAAACUUGAUGAGGUGAAAAGGGAGAGGGAGCAGUUGGAGAAUGACGUCAAGUCAGUCCAGUUUGACAUGACCAGUAAGUUUCUGACUGCACUGGCUCAGGAUGGUGCCCUUAACGAGGAGGCUAUCUCUGUAACAGAGCUUGAUAACAUCUAUGGUGGAUACACCCAGAAGGUGCAGCAGAGUUUGAAGACCCAAGAGGAGAUUCUAGGAAAUAUACAGACAUCUCACCAGGAGUUUUCUGCAAUGAAGCAGUCAAACACAGAUGCCAAGGAAAGAGAGGAAGUGCUGAAGAAACUGGCCUCUGCUCAUGACAGCUAUGUUGAGAUCUCCAACAAUCUGAAAGAAGGCACCAAGUUUUAUAAUGAUCUGACUGAAAUCCUCCUGAAGUUCCAAAACAAGUGCAGUGACAUUGUUUUUGCACGCAAAACUGAGCGAGAUGAACUUCUCAAGGAGUUACAGCAGAGUAUUGCUCGAGAGCCCAGUGCUCCCUCUUUCCCUACUGUGCCUGCAUACCAGUGCAACCCCAGCACUCCUACUGUUACUGCCUCUGGUCCUCCUGGAGCACCCACUCCAGCACCGAGAACUGUGUUUCAAAGCAAACCCCAGCCCCCAGCGCGCCCACCUCCUCCUGUAAUAUGCAGUGCAGCCACCAGCACUAGCACACCUCUUCCAACUACUGUGGUGGCCAGCACUGAUGCACCAUCUGUCAGUACCACUCUCUCCAUGGUGCCUCCUGGUGCCCCAUCACAGGCUCAGGGUCCUCCGUACCCAACAUACCCUGGAUACCAGGGGUACAUGCAGAUGCCCAUGGCCUACAAUCCGUAUGCUUUUGGGCAGUAUAACAUACCAUACAUGUACCAGGGCCCAGGACAAGGCAGUUUCCCUGGUGCCCAACCACCCCAGCAACAUCCCUAUCCCUACCCACAGCAACCCCAGCAGCCUUAUUACCCCCAGCAGUAAUGCAUCCUUGCAGGCUACCUCUUCAGGAUUGAAAAUAACUCUCUAAUGCUUACCUUAUUUAGUUACAUUUUCAAAUGUGCUUGUAUUAUUUCUUUUUGUUGUUUCUUUUUCUAAGUUAAUUCUGCUCAUAGCACUACGUCAACUUGACUGUUUUACCAGAAUGACACUAGGUAGAAAUUCCAGAUACAAUCUCGUAUAUUAAUUUUUCAAAUAAAAAUGGUGGCUUAGGAAAUAGGAUGCCUUCUUGUAGGAGAAUUUAAUACAUAUCCCUCACGGAGGGAAGACGGACUUAAUCUGUUGUAGAAUUUCACCUUGCAAAUAAGUUGUAUAAUAAAUGCCGGUAUAUACUGUAAUUUAAAAAAAACAUCCUUUGUUCUCUUUAGAUGUUUUUGUUAUAUAAAAUUAUUUUGGGGACAGGCUAAGGCAUGGAAGAACUAUGUUAUACAGAUUACAGUCUAUUUUUCCUUCCUCAAUCUGUAUGUUGGGUAUCUAUUGUUUUCUCUUGCAAUCAGAACCUUGUAAAUCACUAGGUAAAUAAAAGUAUAUAUAUCUAAAAUAACAUUUAUUGUUAACCAAAUUAUGAUUGAUCCUUAAGGGUUUUUUCUUAUUUUGUGGCUGAUUAAAAGAUUAGUAUAUCAUAUUUCUUAUUUCAAGGUCGUACCUGCUGGAUGUCCUGCUUUGUGUGCUCCGUGUGAUCUCAUGUUCAUUUUUUUCCUUAGACUGUCAUUUGUAAUUUUAAAACAUAAUAUCUAAAACAGCUUUUGAAAUAUAUUCUUGAAGGGGUUUUCCAGGAAGUGUGCAAGGGAGCGAAUUAUUUUCAUACACAAAUGAAUGUUUUUACUUUAUAACAGUGAUACUGCAUUUUGAGUCCUCUUUCUGAUUUAAAAAUAUUCCUAAAUGUUUUUUAUUAAUUGAAAUUUUUCAUUAACAUGACACAGCACACAGAAUACAGAAAAAGGAGGUAUUGGUGAUAUAUAUUGUACUACACAUUAAAUCACAUUUCAGGCACUUGUACCAAAACUAAAGGUAAACAUUUUCUUCAGUCUUUUCUUUUGAAGAGUACUAAAAAUACUGGAAUGUUCUGAAAUAUAUCAUUUGAAUGCUUAGUAAGUGAUUGGUGUUCAGAAAAAAGGAUUCCAAAGGGUAGGUAGUCAGAAUAUUUUAUAUCCUCAAUACAGUGUUGACAAUGUUGCUUCAAUAAUAAACCAUUUUGUUGGAGAGAAAA